AGCAACCAAGCUCCAGCUAUAACAUGAUUCGAGUCCAACUCAAAUCCACAGAGCCUUUUCCCAAAUUUGGGAGGCUAUUAUGAUGUUUUGAAGAGGAGGGAAAAAAAAAUAUAUAAAAACAUAUAAUUCUUAUGGGAGAGCAGUUGAUGAGAGAGUGCUCCAUUUGGUAUUAUUGAGUAUUUGUCUUUUUGAUAGAAAUAUCAACCGUUUUUUUUUUUUUAAUUUCCUGAGAGGAGUUAUUUCUGCACUUCUUCUUUUUUGAUUUUUUUUUAAGUAGCAAGGUAUGUCCUUUGAUGAGCCUGAUGGGUUUAGGGUUUAAGGAGGAAACAAUUCCAGUUCAGUGAGCUUGAUGCUUUUCCUAGUCGAUUUUGUCAGAGCUAGAAUUCUGCUAUAUCUCCUUUGAACUGUUUGGUGAGUUUCUAAUGGAAUCCCUUUGCUGGUCUUAUAGAUUUAGGGUUUUGGCUCGGGAAAAUUGCUUUAAUCCAUGCAAGAAUGCUGUGUUGUCAAAUUUGGGUGCACCUAUUUGUCUUAACUACCACUGUUCUAACUCAAGGACUUCUGGAUCUUCUGUUGUUCGUUCUACUGCAAGGGAUCUAGCAGUUCUGGAAAGUCCUACUGCUAAAGAAGUGUUGAUUCCCUUCCCUGGUUCUGCUUCUCAGCCCUUUCCACAUUUGAGGCUUGAAAAUGAUCAUUUGUGGAGUGCUUUAGAGAUCGCAGAAGCUGUCGAUGGGGAGAUCGUCAGAUGGGGUCCUUCAGGAACCAUCACGACAGACACCCGAAAGCUGAUGCCCGGGCAAUGGUUCUUCGCCAUUGCUGGCAAGAAUUUUGAUGGCCAUGAUUUUGUCACUCAGGAAUUGGCUGAUAAGGGGUGUGUAGGUGUCAUAGGGAAUAGGAUUUGCAAGCACUGGCAUGGGGGGUUCAUUAAGGUGGAAGGUGAUACCUUGUUUGGCCUUGAGAAGAUGGCAAGGUAUGCUAGGAAUAGGUUUCAUGGUGUUGUGGUGGGUUUAACAGGCAGUGUCGGAAAGACCACCACAAGAACCAUGAUAGCUCUUGCACUUGAGAGCCUUGGUCGUGUCUACCAGACCCAUGGGAACUUGAAUUAUAUGGUCGGAGUUGCUUUGACGCUGACUGGGAUUCCCAUGGAUGCGAAGGCUUCAGUUGUGGAACUUGGGAUGGGUGGGAAAGAGGGAGAGAUUUUGGUAAUGGCACGAAUGUGCCAGCCAUCUGUGAGAGUGAUUUUGAAUGUAGGUCACGGUCAUAUGGAGCAUUUCAGGAGUUUAAAGGAGGUUGCCAAAGCCAAAGGGGAGAUUAUGACAGAGGCUAAGCCAGGGGAUAUCUGUGUGUUGAAUGCUGAUGAUCCACUAGUUAUGAGCAUUCCAGUUCCGGUUGGAGUUAAGAAGGUGCUUUUUGGCAGGAAAAUAGGAUGUGAUGUCAGGUUGGUUUUGGCUGAAAGUAUAGAUGGAGGUUGUGCAGUUCGUGUAAUCUUAGAAAGUAAAAUUGGCACAUAUCAUAAGCUGUUUUCAUUCCCAAGUGAAAAGACUUCAGAAAU